AAAGCGACUCUCAAUUUCUUGAGGUUCAAGCAAUAUAUGAGGGUCAAUUUCGUCAGAAAACAUAUUAGUAACCGAAAUGAAAGACGGUGGUCCCAUUUUUGUUCUUUAUUUUAUUAUUUUGCUUAUUCGAUUCGAUUUUUCUUUUGAACUAGGGUUUGACAACACCUCAGCAGCGGAAGAGAAGAGGAGAAAUAAUUAGAAAAAAAAAAGUGAACGAAUAGGAAAAUUAAUUCGACGACUCCUCCAUGUAUGGUUUCUCGGCAGUUAGUGAUGGCUUUUUUUUUGUGAGGCAAAACCUCAAGUAAGUUUGGCGAAGCUGCUAUCUUUGAACUUUUGGCUGUGAAUUGGUGGAUAGGGAUUGAUCCAGUAGGUACAAAUGAACACAAAGUACGAAAAGGUAUUGGAUAGUUAUCAACAUGUUGAUCUGAAGAGAAAGCAUUCAGAUCGAUGCACCAUCCGCUCUACUGGAGCUACUCGUGUGCCUUUUCCUCUGCGGUCCUCUCCUAUUUCAUCCAUCCACAAUUUUGCCAAGCGAAGGAAGUUAGAUGGAUCCGCGAACAAGUACGGAGGGUGUGCUUUUCCAUCUGGGAAACGUCUGCUUAAAUAUUAUUCUAACUUCAAGAAAAGUGGAAUUCUGCAGCGUUUAAUGUAUUAUGACAAUGAUGAGUGGGAAGACUUUUCCCAGGAUGUUGUUGCAUUUGUCAACAAAGACAUUGUUAAGAAUCCUGCAGUAGAAGUGGAGGUCAAUGGAAAUGCAAUUUUGUUAGAUUUCUUGCAUAUGACGCAGUUGGACAUGAAUACUGGUCUUCUUCGGCCUAUUGCUUGGAUUGAUAUUUCUGGAAAGUGUUUCUUCCCUGAAAUAGUUAGUAAUGAUUAUGAUGAAGAACAUGAUCUUCACUAUGAAUUUGCUGAAGGCCAUGAUCAUCUAGAAGAUGAAGAACCUCAGGGGUCCAAUAAUAUCAAUUUGCAUUUGGAGAUUGAAAUACAUGGAUUAGAUAAUGAAUCUAGUGGGGAGUCCAAUGUGAAUGUUGAGCAAGUACAAGCUCACAAGGAUACUGUUCUGAGAGAUGGUGAUAAGGAAAUCCAUGCAAAAGCAUCUGAUGUUGAAGUUGAUGAGAAACGUGGUUACAAUCAGCUGAUGGAAGGAAACAUAGUCGUUGCAGUUAAUAGCAUGCAUGGGUCUUUAGGCUCUGAUGCUGUGAAGGAGAUGCUCCUGAAAGCUAUUCGCUCAAUUGACGUUAACGUUGAGGAGGUACAUCGUUGCAUGAGUAUUGUCAUGGAAACUCGGUCUGAACUUUUUGAGAAACAGGUCGAUAUCACUAAAAGGUACCGUGGGGAUGCAAAUGUCCAAUACGCCUGGCUUCCUUGUCCGAUAGGAACAAUUUCAACUAUACUGAAAUAUGGUAUUGGCCAUUAUGAGCCGUUAACAACGAAGCCCUUGCAUGGUAUGGGGAUACAUCUAAUCCCUGCAAAUGGCACUCAGAUCAGUAUCAAUAAUAUUGAUGUUGACGAAAAUGGGUCACGACAUGUGGUAUUCUGUCGUGUUAUAAUGGGGAAUAUGGAAGUUGUGCCAUUUGGAUCAAACCAGUACCAUCCCAGUAGCGAGAACUUUGAUAGCGGCGUUGACAAUCUUGAAAGCCCAGAGCAAUAUGUUGUAUGGAACAUGAAUAUGAACACUCAUAUCUAUCCAGAAUGUAUUGUUAGUUUCAAGCCGACCUCAGAUGUUGAAGGGCAUGUGAUUGGACAGGGGAACAGGGUUGAUGUUUCAGGGUUCGAUCCUCAAGGCCAGAAGAGGAUUCCCAUGAGCCCUUGGAUGCCGUUUCCGAUGCUGUUCGCCUCCAUCUCAAAUAAAGUUCCUCCUCAAAGCAUGGACCUCGUUAAAUCCAACUAUGAAUUGUUCAAGAAUAAGAAGAUAACUAGGGACGUAUUUGUCAAGAAAUUGAGGUUGAUUGUCGGCGAUGCCUUGUUGAAGUCAGCAAUAACAAGUCUUCAGCGCAAGAUGUCAAACUCGUCAAGCUCUGAUGUUGAAACAGCUUGAGUUUAUGGCAUGAUCCAAGACAUUUCCCGAGUCUUGAUAAAAGAAAGCCUGUUUAAAGGAGUCCGUGAGCACCAUCUGUUUUUUCUACUGUUUCGUUAAUGUCAUCGUUUCUGUAUUUGUCAAGUACACCUCCCCAAUUUUAAGUUCAUGACUUAAUUCUGAUAUUGAUACACAAAUUAGCAACUUAUGUCGAUUGUUUUAAGUAUUUUCUUUUAAAUGUAUGUAAUCAACAAGGUGCAGCAUAUACUUUUCAUAAUGUCUUCUUGGUGUGACCUUCUUGAUCAGGAUUGACACAUGUCAGUGUCUUAAAUAUCAAGACGAUUGUAAAGUAUGUCAAAACCUUCUUGUAAUAUGUAUAUAUGGGUGUGGCAAUCGGGCUAUGUAAGCCAAGCUUUGGUGCGUUCAAUGUCAAAUACUAUCGGGUUUUCAGUUA